CACAGACCCCUGUGACUCCCGGCAGCAAGCUCCACUUCCUCCCCAGAGUGUACUAAGCAGACGUUAGGACCAGAAGCCAUGGCUGUUGUUAGUGGAACUUACCGUAUGGUGUCAGAGGAGGAGCAAGCCCUCAGGGCCAAGCUGGAACGUCUGACUGUCAAGGACCACGGGCCAGUGUUUGGACCCUGUGCCAAGCUGCCAGACCAUACCAUGCAGAAGGCCAAGGAUGAGUUGAAUGAGACAGAUGAGAAGCGGGUGUCGGCGGUGAAGGAGCUGCGGGGAAUAAUUAAGGAGAAGGCGGAUGGAGGUGACGACCUGGCCAAGGGGGUGCAGGACACCUUUGGGGAGAAACCCGACGGCGUUCUUGUCCGCUUCAUCCGUGCCAGGAAGUAUGACGUGGUCAGAGCCUUCGAUCUCAUGAAGGGCUACGUGCGUUUCAGGAAGGAUUACCCCGAGCUGUUUGAGAAUCUGACCCCUGAGGCCGUGCGCAGCACCAUUGAGGCCGGCUACCCCGGCAUCCUGUCUAGCAGAGACAAGUACGGCCGUGUAGUGCUGCUCUUCAACAUUGAGAACUGGGACUAUGAAGAGAUCACCUUCGAUGAGAUCCUGCGUGCCUAUUGUGUGAUCCUGGAGAAGCUGCUGGAGAAUGAGGAGACUCAGAUCAACGGGUUCUGCAUCAUUGAGAACUUCAAGGGCUUCACCAUGCAGCAGGCCUCAGGCAUCAAACCCACCGAGCUCAAGAAGAUGGUGGACAUGUUGCAGGAUUCAUUCCCUGCCCGUUUCAAAGCUGUGCACUUCAUCCACCAGCCCUGGUACUUCACCACCACCUACAACGUGGUCAAACCCCUCAUGAAGAGCAAGCUGCUAGAGAGAGUGUUUGUCCACGGAGACGAGCUGGACAACUACUACAAGGAGUUUGACGCUGAAAUCCUUCCUUCCGAGUUCGAUGGAAAAGGUUCUAAGUACGAUGGCAAGGCCACAGCAGCCAAGCUGUUCGACUAAACAUCCUUCCUUUGCCAACUGAGCUGGGAGCCAUGAUACAUACAAACCCCACAGACUGUGGAGACUCAAAGUCCAAUCUAGCUGUGUGGAGGAAAAAGAGUGUAGGAGAAAAAGAGUAAUGUAUUCAGUCAUGAGUGUGUAAGAUGUUGAUGUUGUUUUACAGGGGUUGUGUAAAGGCUGAAGUCCUGAAAAAGCACAAUUUAAGAAGAGGAAUGAGCCUCACUUUCAGUCCUACAUGAUGUGAAGCAAGACAAACCGUUUACCCUUCAGCAUCAUGCUGCUGUAGAUAAAACUUUCUCAGUGGUCAUUUUAUCCGAAGCACCUUACAGUUCCACAUUUUUAAUAUGGGUGGGCCAAGUAGGAAUGAAUUCCUUCCAAUGCUCCUCCAAUUAAGAUAUGCAGAAUCAUGAGAAUCUUUAAGAUGUUUCAUCAGAACAGAUAUCGCUUCAGAUUUCCUCUGUUGUGUUAAAUUGUGCUUUGUUUGGACCGAAGUUCACCCACAGCUUGCUAAAACUGUGAGACCCCAGCCUCCUCAGCUUCCACCCUCUGACCGCCCUCUUCAAGUUGUUACAAUGUGGAUAUUCCAACAAGUGCCUCUCUCUCAUGUGUUUUUUAGACUGCACUUCCAUAUUAAUAUUAUGACAUUUUACCCAGUGUGCUGCCAUGGACCAAUAAGAAUGUCAAUGUACAAUAAACUGUAUAUAAAUGUAAGACAAA